UCUGUUUGUCUCCCUGUAAAAAGUCAUUUUCUCGAGAAAAUUCAACUUCAUCCACGAAAAAGGGCAGAAAAAAAUCAGAAGAAGAAGCUACUGGACCUAAUUAUUGGCCGAGCUUCCGGUUUCUCCUUUCGCCCUGACUUCAACUUCUCAACUUCCGUUUGAUUCCCUGGAAAAUUUUCAAACAUUGACGAGAAAAUUCAUCAAUAAGAGAAAUUGCAGAGCCGAGCUGGUAUUUUCAUCUCCGGAAAAUCAACGGAUAGAGCUGUGCCACACUCCCAACUUCCGUGGAAAAUUCUCUAAUUGUCUCGAGGGAAACAAAAACCUGGUAUUAUUUCGUCUCUAGAAUUUCACCUUCACAUGAAAUUGAAUUAACCGCAGAGCCAUGGCUAUGUUGCUGAGAAAAGUAUUGGCAUCGAUGUCGAACCGCUCGCUCUCGAACGGCGACUCAUCGGAACGGAAUCGCCUCUCGAGUUCUUCGUCGUCGUCGUCGUCGCUGGGAGCUUUCGAUCAGAUUCCGUCGGAUAUUCUGAUGCAAAUCGUGAAACUUCUCGGCCCAAAGGAAGCCGCCAUGAUGAGUACCGUCUCCAAGUACUGGAAGUCCUUAGUCUCCGACGAUCGCCUCUGGAUUUUCUUCCUCCAGAACGACCAAGACUUGUCCGAUUCCGUUUUCUUCGCCGAAAUCAACCUCAGAUCCGGUUAUCCCCUUGAAGCAUUCUCCCAGUUGUCCUUCAUGAGAAUAUACAGUCAGCGAAUGCAAGUUCCGGGUUCGAUCAUCAUUGAUGGUGGCUCUGGCUACUGCAAGUUUGGGUGGAGCAAGGAUGUCUGUCCAUCCGGCCGCUCAGCAACAUUUUUGGAAUUUGGUAAUAUCGAGUCUCCCAUGUCUUCCAGACUGAGGCAGUUCUUUUCCAUUAUUUACAACAGGAUGCAGGUGAAAGCAGCAGCGCAGCCAGUGGUUGUGUCCAUACCAAUCUUGCAUUAUGAUGAUACUGAAUCGGCCAAAGCAUCAAGACGACAGCUAAAGGAAGCCAUUUAUGCAACACUGUUUGACAUGAAUGUUCCUGCUGCAUGUGCAAUUAAUCAGGCAACUUUAGCUUUGUAUGCAGCAAGAAGAACGUCAGGAAUUGUUGUAAAUAUUGGGUUCCAGGUCACAUCAGUCGUUCCGAUUUUACAUGGUAAAGUAAUGCGCAAAGUGGGUGUGGAAGUUGUUGGAGUUGGAGCACUAAAACUAACUGGGUUUCUUAGGGAGCUGAUGCAGCAGAAUAAUAUCAAUUUUGAAUCACUGUACACCGUCCGCACAUUGAAAGAGAAUCUAUGCUACGUUGCUUAUGAUUAUGAUGCUGAGCUACUUAAACAUACACAAGCAUCAUUUGAAGCCACAGCAGAAGGUUGGUUUACUCUAUCAAAAGAGCGCUUUCAAACAGGGGAGAUCUUGUUCCAGCCAAGAAUGGCCGGAGUGCGUGCAAUGGGUUUGCACCAGGCUGUAGCACUUUGUAUGGACCAUUGCCAUGCUGCAGAAUUAGCAAGUGAUGAUUGGUUCAAGACCAUCGUACUGACAGGAGGAACUGCGUGUUUACCCGGACUGGCAGAGAGACUAGAAAAGGAACUGCAUGGACUUCUCUCUCCGUCUUUGUCGAGCGGAAUAACGGUCCUUCCCCCACCAUAUGGUGCGGAUACGGCAUGGUUUGGGGGGAAACUUAUCAGUAAUUUGAGCACCUUCCCCAGUCCCUGGUGCGUGACGAAAAGGCAGUUUCGCCAAAAAUCGAAACUCAACCGCCCAUGGUGACUGCCCCCAUUCAUGUUUUAGCCUAGUAUAUUAUACAGCUUAUAAGCAAGCACUUCCAGACAAGUGGAUAUCGACCACAUCUUGUGAAGACUUCCAACUAUACAUCUUUCCAACAUAUAAUUUCCUACA